CGCGUCUUCCUUUGGGGCUCCUGCAGCUUUGUGGGCUUAUGGGGCUCCGCCCCCCCGAUUUGUGGGGUUUCUUUGUCCCUUCCUCCGGGCUCUGUGACGUCACAACGGGGCCGGAAACCCCGCCCCUCUCCGCCUCCCUCUGCGUCACUUUGCGACAGCGCCGCUUGCCGGCCGGGAGCGCUUUACGGCAGCGGGCGCACAGAGGAGGCGGCGUGAGUGCCAUGGCGGUGGCGGAGCGGAGCGUUGCGGAGGAAGGAGAGGAAGAGGCUUCGGCCGAACUCGAGACCUCAGAGCCGGAAGUGGCGGAGGAGAAACCGGAAGCGGAGGAGAAGCAACGGAAGAAAGUUCCGGUCCCGGGAGUUGUUUAUCUCAGUCACGUCCCUCCCGGUUUCGGACCUCGGCAGCUGCGGACGUUGCUGGGGGGUCACGGGGAGCUGGGCCGGGUCUUCCUGCAGCCCAGGG